GAGAAGAAUUUUUGAUAUUAAUGUGUCCGAGAAAACUUAUUUUAUAGUACGAAAUGACAAAUUUUACCAAGGAAUAUACGAGUAAUGUACAUUUAGAACCGAAAUAUGGAUAUUUUGCUACGUUUAUGUCUAUAUUUUUCUUUCAUUUGGUAAAUUUAGUCGUAGCUUAUCUCGGUCCGCCGAAGUCCAUGAGGGAAGAUAAAUGGAGAUGGAAAAAUCUGAUCGUUUCGUGGAUUCACGCCCUUGUUUGUUCCGUGUGGUGUCUUAGUAGUUUUGUAUUGUAUCCAGAUGAAUUCCAUGACAUGAUAGUGCAGGGAAAUACCUUUAUGUACUUGCUGAUAGCAUUUUCAACAGGGUAUUUCACCUAUGACUUUAUAGACAUGAUGCUUAACAAGAAAUUAUUCAAAUUAUGGGAAGUCACUCUACAUCAUAUAGCAGUUGCGUCCAUGUUUUGGUACAACAUCCAAGUGCAGAUCUGCAUAUCGUACAACAUGGUGGCUCUGCUGGCAGAGGUGAACUCGUUCUUCCUGCACUCGCGCAAGCUGCUCCAGAUGGUCCAGGUUCACUUCGAGCACUGGUUCUACAAGUUUGUGGCCUUCCUCAACCUCGUGUCCUUCGUCGUGUUCCGCGGACUCUCACUCGGAGGCAUCACGUACGGCAUGUUUGUCUGGUACACCAGGGUACCGCGGUGGUACUACGGUAGCAUCUGCGGGUCGAUGAUAGUGAUGAAUGUGAUGAACCCGAUUCUGUUCUGGAGACUGCUGAAGAGUGACUUUAUGCGAGGGGGUUCACCAAAGGUCGCACAACCCUGUAAGAUGAUGAACGGAAACAACAAUGUGAAGAACCAUGUAAAACAGCAUUGACUAGCAUAGAAUCAAUGGAAAGUGGUCUUGGAACUAAAUUUCUUCAAAGAUCCAUGUAUACAUGUACAAUAAGACUGAAAUCAAAUUACAGAUGUAAAAAAUUGAAAACCGAAAAUCAUGAGAUGGAAUUUUGGAUGAACUGCAAGAACUACAAACUGGGUGCAGUAUAUCUGUGUUGAUAGUUGGCUAGAUAAUAACAAGUCGAACAUUUUGUUGAGAAACAAAUACGAUUAUUAAUAUUGGUAAUGGACAAGCUUUAGGGGCCGCUGACAGUUAUCCACAUUUUCACAAGUGUAUAAAUUUAAGUUGGAGGUAGGGAUGGAGGAGUUGGCCAAGGCCGUCUCUUGUGCCCAGGACAGGUGUGCGCUACAACAGCUUGCUUUGAACGUGCAUGUAAAGCCCUAUGACCUGACCAGGGUAGGGUGUUACUGUUAGUGUAUCCCAAGAAAAUGUUAAUAAGAUAUCUCUUGCAAAAUCAAUGUUUCUAUGUACACUUGUAUAAAUGUUGACAGUUGUUAACAGUUCCUUAGCUUAGUCCGAGACAACAGCUGAUUGGUUGUCUUGUGCUUGUUGUGUUAAAAUGUUAACAACACAAAUGGGAGAUGUCCGACACAGGUAAACUUGCCGGUGUAAGUGUGAACCUGUAAGUUCAGCAAAUCCAUAAUGAUAUGUGCACGUCUCGCUACAUUGUUUUAUAUAAUGACUUGUACGUUCUUGUAUUGUGUAGUCAUCAGUGUAUAUUGGUAAUUUUAUGUAAGCUAAAUACCCAUAUACUGUUAUGAAAUUAUGAUUGGAGAGGAUCUGGUAUCCUUGUUUUUAUUGUAUCUUGAUUAUAUUUUAUUUUAGUUCAACUCCCACUAUAUACCCCCCCCCCCCCCCUCCAUUUCACUAAGAAUAUAUCAUACUUUCAGAAUUACCUCCAAGCUUUGAAUGUCAUUUAUGAAACUUUUGUUUGAUGCUGGUUCUUUUCAAUUUUGACUUUUAUAAUGUGAUUGUCACUUCCUAUUAAUGAGAAAAAUGUUCAGUAUAUUUUGCGUCUAGUAGACUGAAACAUGCAUGAAAAUAUAUCUGGGCUAGUACUGUUGUUUACAUAUUGGUAAUAUGAAGAAAGAAAGUUUGUAAUUCUAUAUUAUUAUUUGCUUCUCUGCUUUAGGACAAGAUCAGCCUUCAAACUUAAUUAGCAGGAACCUAGUAUACCUGGUACAGAUUACCCUGACUCGGGUCUUUAAAGCCAUAUUAUAUCUUUUAUUUUCUGUUUUCGAAAAAUAGAAUAGUCUGUAACCCACACAAACACACACAUGCACACGCACAUGCACACGUGCACGCACACACACACACACACACACACACACACAAACACUCACCAAAAAGCAUUGCCUGAAUAGAGUUUACUUUUAAAACAUGAGCUAUAACAAUAAUUUUGUAAGCCUGCUAGAACAAAUUGUGGAGAUCUGAGUUGGUUUUAUCGAUCUGUUUGUUCACUACAUGUAUAUUUGAAUCUGAUUUUUUCAUAUUUUAAAACUAGAAAAAAAAUGCUGUUUUUUUAAUGGCAUUGACAGCUAAUGUGAACUGUUAAUAUAUAUCUGAUAAAAGUGUUCAAGAAUGAAUAAGUAAUUUGGUUAUGGAACUAUUUUGAGUAUUAAUCUCAUUUUUCCCCACAUGGCUAUUUUAGAAUGCAGGGUUUAAGCUGCCGUUCGCCAAAUCGCCAAAUGCGAUUUAAAUUGGAGAAUAUAUGUCAUUACCAAUUUGCAAAAAAGCUAAUUCGAAAACUGUGUUGUUUAUGUGUGUACAUAGAUAUUUAAAAAAAAUUAUUAUGUAUUAGCUAAAUGUUGCUUGAAUUUAGCUACAGAUAUUCUGGUCAUAUUUGCCAAAUUGCUAUUAAUUUUUGUCGUCCAGCCUAAACGUUAAAAGUUUAUCACCUUUUGUAAGGAAUACUAGCAAUAACUAUUGUUUAUACAUGUAUACCCAUCAUCUACAUUUGAUAUUUAGAGCAGCACAAUGUUUCACAUGACCCAUUGUUCUGUUCGCCCAAACUGCCAAUUAGUUAUGUCAUGAACUUUUACAUUUUAAAAUUAUCAGUUGGAAACUUAUUUCAAAAUAUUUUGGACAAUUAAAAAUAUUACGACAUUUGCAAAAUUUACUUCAUUCAAAUACAUUUGGAAUAUCAGUGUAAUACAGGGCCCUGUUCCAUGAAGGCAUCUUAGCAUAAAUACCUAAAUACCUACCACUGCGACCUUAAUUUUUUUUUUUCUCUACGAUUGCCAGCCCAUUCCAUGACAUGGUGAAGCUUACUACUGUUGUAAAUUAUGGUGAAAAUUUACAAUUGAUAUGUGGCAGUUGUAAGCCACUAACGUAGAUGUCUGAUGGCAGUUAGAUGAUGAUUUGAUCUAAUAUACACCAAAUACCUUUUAUGAAACUUAAUGUUUGAUUUAAAACCUUCUAGGCCAUACAGUCUUCUCCAUAUGGAAGAUAAAUCUCAUGUCUUAUGCAUUUGGUAUUUAACUCUUAUCAAAUAAACUGACAAAGUUACUUGAUGAAUAUCGGAUACCGAAAAAAUCUGGAAAGCAUUAUAGAAACUUAAAGAAAAUUCUCUUCUUAACUGUUUAAGGUGUUUUAGACUAUUAACUACUCAGUUGCCCCCCCCCCCCC